UCCACCUCUGCUAUAUAAAGAACCUCUCGGCCGCGGCCACUCGCAGCCCGGAAGGCCGGCCACUCCCAGCCAAGAAAGAAAGACGACGGCGACACGCAUAGGUACGCGGAACCAGUCGCAUGGGGCUCCUCGACCAGCUCUGGGACGACACGGUCGCCGGCCCGCGGCCGGACCACGGCUUCAGCAAGCUCCGGAAAUACUCCUCCUUCUCGCCCUCGAGCCCGGCGGCCGAAGACGUCGCGCCGGCGGUGACCCGCAGCAUCACCAUCGCCCGGACGCCGUCUCUUUCCCUCCCGUCCGGCGAGUCGAGCUCCGUGCCGUCCUCCCCGGGCAGUGCGCCGGACUCCCCGUUCGCAGCAGCGCUUAUCGACCGUGAUCGCUUCUGUCCGAUCGGCGAUGCGUCGAUCCGUUGGGGCAAGAAAAACAUGGACCGUUUAGCAUGGCUUGUCCCUCGAGCGAGAUCCAUCCAUAGAAUCAAAUCUGUGAUCAUUGCCGCAGACGCACGGAUGUCGGGAAAUUUGCUGUUUAACUUGAAAUUGAUGUUUUAUCUGAACUUUAUGUUGCAGCUACCAGUAGGAGAGACGGCUGGAGGGCGUUUCGCCGGAAAUCCAAGAUCGCCAAUGUCGACGUCGUCCGGGCAGAGGCGGCCGUCGGGCCCAGGAGCCCCACCGUGUACGACUGGGUGGUGAUCAGUUCAUUGGACUGAUAAUAAAGAAGCACGACCGGAGUGUGAAAUAAUCGGUCGAAGAAGAAGAGGAGGUAGCUGACGUGUUUGAGGCAACGUGUUCGCCACGCGAUAUGGAUACCUGCUAUUGUGUAAUCGUUGUGUUAACUAAGUGCACUAUCUUUUCUCUUCUUUUACGUAGUUGUGUGCCCUUUCGGGGUGCCAAAGUAUGUGAUGUGGUUAGGAGUGCUGCAGUAGUAGGUUCCGAUCAAGAUGUGUUGCCUUGAGGGCGCCUUUUGGUGCGUGUGGAGGAGAUGAGCGCUGAAAUGAGGAUGCAAUGCAAGUGUUCGACCAUGCUUCCUUUUCCUACUA